CUGCUUUUAUCAUGGCGUUUAUCAUUGCUGUGCACGCGGACAUAUUUGAAACCAUACACCGCUCGUUCCAUAAAAAAAUUAGAUAAAUUUAUGGAUAUCUCCUUGAAACUCGGGCGACGCCGUCGUGCGAAAGCGUAUGCGAUGUUACGUGUCUUGUGAAAGGGUGUUAAGGCGUGCAGAAACUUGGUUUCUUGCCAGUUUUAACUGGUUUUAACACGUGCUUCCAACAGAUCUGUACGAACAGUUGUGUGAAAGCAGCGCCUGCAAGAAAAAUGUAUCUCAAAUGUGUCAUGCUUCGUGCGGUUGCGCCUUUGUGGGGAUCAGCAUACAUUGUAAACCACAACAAAAGCCUUACAAAGACACAUCAUGCAUUGGCACAAGGGUUCACCCAUCAAGUUACCACCUUUGACUACAUAGCUAAUAAAGUCAUGCGGCAAAUAACAACAUCUGCUCCAGCAAUGCCACCAUGUGAUGAGAAGCCAAAGCCUUACCAGGGAAAACCGUGGGCAGAGAUUGUGGCCUUGCGAAAGAGCCACUUGAAUCCAAGUCUGAGCAGCAACCUCUUAUACAAGGAGCCCUUGCUACUUACUCAGGGCCAUAUGCAGUGGCUCUGGGAUCACAAGGGCAAACGCUACCUAGAUAUGUUUGCUGGAAUUGUCACAGUCAGUGUUGGUCACUGCCACCCGAAAGUAGUUGCAGCUGCUGAGAACCAACUGAAGCAGCUCUGGCACACAUCUAAUGUGUACCUUUACCCUACUGUGCACGAGUUUGCUGAAAAACUCGCUGAGAAGAUGCCCGGUGACCUGAAAGUGUGCUACUUCACUAAUAGUGGUUCAGAGGCCAAUGAUCUGGCCAUGAUGAUGGCACGACUUUACACAGGAGCAUAUGACAUGAUUGCUCUGAGAAAUGCUUACCAUGGAAUGAGCCCAUACUGUGCCAGCUUAUGUGCUGUUGGCAACUACAAGCACCACAUACCAUCCAACUUUGGUGUAUUUCAUGCAAUGAAUCCUGACCCAUAUCGAGGUGUCUGGGGUGGCUCCAAAUGUCGUGACUCGCCAGUCCAGGCAGACCGCACCUGUUCAUGUGGCACAGAAUGUCAAGCUGCCUCUCACUAUGCUGAUCAGCUCAGUGAAGUACUACAGCAGUGUGUCUCCAAAAAGAAGGUGGCAGCUUUCUUUGCUGAGAGCAUACAGGGUGUCGGAGGCUCUGUGCAGUAUCCAAGGGGCUAUCUUAAGAAAGCCUACGAUUUGAUCAAGAAUAAAGGCGGCCUUUUUGUUGCAGAUGAGGUUCAAACUGGAUUUGGACGGACUGGUGAGAAUUUCUGGGGCUUUGAAGGCCAUGGCAUAAUGCCAGAUAUUGUGACCAUGGCAAAAGGAAUUGGCAAUGGCUUUCCACUAGCUGCAGUUGUCACAACACCUGAAAUUGCCAAAGCUUUGGAUGCAGCUAGCUUUUUCAACACAUUUGGUGGCAACCCUGUAGCCACUGCCGUUGGGUCAGCUGUUAUUGAUGUUUUGGAUGAAGAUGGCUGCAUGGAAAAUAGCCGUGUGACUGGAACUCGACUACUGCAUGCCUUGGAGUCACUGAGGAAAGAAUAUUCGGUGGUUGGUGAUGUCAGAGGCAAGGGACUCAUGAUUGGUGUGGAACUUGUCGAGAGCAAGGAAACAAAAGUGCCCCUCGCAGCAGUCAAAGUGAAUGCCGUCCUUGAGGAUUGCCGUGAAAUGGGCCUUCUUAUUGGCAAGGGUGGUCAGCAUGGGCAUGUGUUGAGGAUCAAGCCUCCCAUGUGCAUCACUGAGGCUGAUGUGGACUUCACAGCGGCAGCGCUGAGGACAGCCAUUGCUCGUGUUGAGCAGCAAUGACAUUCUUUGUCA